UACAUGCAGCCGUUGGGAAGUAUAAUCCAGAAUCACGGCAUACACUUUCAUUGUUAUGCUGAUGAUACGCAGCUCUACUUGUCUAUGAAGCCGGAUGAAACAGAACCGUUAGUUAAACUUCAGGCAUGUCUUAGGGACAUCAAGGACUGGAUGUCCAGAAAUUUCCUGCUUCUAAAUUCAGAUAAAACAGAGGUUAUCAUUCUUGGUCCAGAGCAUCUUAGGAAGGGAUUAGAUGGUGUUGCGAUGGCUUCCAGUGCAACUGUGAGAAACCUUGGUGUUAUUUUCGAUCAGGAUUUGUCGUUUAAACCAUAUGUCAAUCAGGUUUGUAAAAUAGCCUUUUUCCAUCUCCGUAAUAUUGCAAAGAUUAGGAAAAUCCUCUCGCAGAGUGAUGCAGAAAAACUAGUUAAUGCGUUUGUAUCUUCUAGACUAGAUUACUGUAAUGUGUUGUUAGCAGGAUGUCCAAGUAAUUUGCUGAAUAGGCUCCAGCUGAUCCAGAAUGCAGCAGCACGAGUACUGACAGGAAUUAGCAGGAGAGACCACGUCUCUCCAGUGUUAGCGUCGCUCCAUUGGUUACCCGUAAAAUUCAGAAUCCAAUUUAAAAUUUUAUUACUUGCGUAUAAAGCCCAAAACGGCUUAGCUCCGCAUUAUUUGCAAGACCUGAUAGUGCCUUAUGUUCCUGUCAGAGCUCUCCGUUCUCAGAGUGCAGGUUUACUCGUAGUUCCUAGAGUAUCUAAAUGUAGAUUUGGAGGGCGGGCGUUCUGCUAUCAGGCACCACUACUAUGGAACCAACUUCCAAUCUGGGUUAAGGAGGCUGACACCACCUCCACCUUUAAAACUAAACUUAAAACAUUUCUGUUUAGUAAAGCCUAUAGUUAGUGUUUAGUAAACCUCUAGCUGGUGUUGGUAAAUCUCUAGGUAGUGUAAACUUUAGUGUGUCAGAGUCGCUCCUGUAGUUUCUUGUGCUGGCCCCCCCUUCUCCUCCCUUUUCUCUCUUUUGUCCAUGUU